AAUCUGCUUUGAAACACACACACCUGCAUACAAAAAUGUCCAGCAGCUCUGCAGCAGCUGGUUCCCUCUGGAGGAACCACAGCUUCACCCUGACGGACCAAGACCCUCCGCUGUCUGACCAGGGAGAGACCAUAAUUGGGGUCUACCUGCUGCUGUUGGGCUGGCUGUCCUGGUUUGGAAACAGCAUCGUACUCUUUAUCCUGUACCGCCAGAGAGCCACUCUACAGCCCACAGACUACCUGACCUUUAAUCUUGCCAUCUCUGAUGCCAGUAUUUCCAUCUUUGGGUACUCCCGUGGCAUCAUUGAAAUUUUUAAUGUCUUCCAGGACAGCAGCUACCUAAUCUCCUCCAUCUGGACCUGCCAGGUAGAUGGAUUCUUCACACUGCUGUUUGGUCUGAUUAGCAUCAACACACUAACAGUAAUCAGCAUCACCCGCUACAUUAAAGGAUGUCUGUCUGGAAGUGCCCAUCACCUCACCAGGACCAAUGUGGCUGUAUGUCUGCUGCUUAUCUGGAUCACAGCUGGAUUUUGGUCUGCGGCACCACUUUUUGGCUGGGGGAGUUACACAGAUCGAGGAUAUGGAACCUGUGAGAUUGACUGGGCCAAAGCCAGCUACUCCCAUGUCUACAAGUCUUACAUCAUCGGCAUCUUCAUCUUCUGCUUCUUCUUUCCGGUUAUCACCAUGAUCUUCUGCUACAUCUCCAUCAUCAAGAUGGUGAAGAGGGGCAAUGCCCUGGCAUCACAGGGUGACCUGACUGACCGACAGAGGAAGAUUGAGAGAGACGUCACCAUAGUUUCCAUAGUGAUCUGUACUGCCUUCAUCCUGGCAUGGUCACCAUAUGCUGUGGUGUCCAUGUGGUCUGCCUGUGGCUUCCAUGUUCCAAACCUGACCAGCAUCUUCACCCGCCUCUUUGCAAAGUCUGCCAGUUUCUACAAUCCUCUCAUCUACUUUGGUCUCAGCUCCAAGUUCCGUAAAGAUGUUGCUGUUCUGCUGCCAUGCACCCAUGAAGCCAAAGACACAGUGAAGCUGAAACAUUUCAAGCCAAAGGCUGAUGCUCAUGCUCGACCUGCUGCAGAAGGCAGCAGACUAAAGGCUCCUCUAAACUGGGUAGAGAAGAAGCCAAAAAAUCAGCUCAACCUAGCCUCCAACCCAGACCAUGGAAGGGGAAGCCUAUCACACACACCUCCACCCAUUCACAAGGAGAUGUUCUUGAUCAAUGUGCCCAGCCCCUCUGCAACUGGAUCUGACUUUGAAUGUGAGAGAUUAUGAACUGAAGACAAGCACUCUGUACCAACAUGCAAGGAUGAAGGAUGAAAAACAAUGGUUGUUUUGGGGAAGCAAAAGCCAAAUAUACAGUGG